CAUUUAUUUUGUCUUUUUUUUAAUGAUAUGAUAAGAGAUAAGAUGUCUGAAAAAUAGUAACUAUCUGGGUGUUUUUUGGCUAAACAUUCUGUUUUAAUUAUAAUUUUUAAGUUUGUACUAACAGUAAAUAGGUAUUUCAUACAUCUAACAUACAUUUUAAGUUAUUUUUCCACCGAUACAAAACCAAGAAACAAGUCCAUCAUGAAGAGAUGUUUUCGAACGGCUUUGAUCCAGAUGCAAGUAGGUACCGAUUUAACAAAAAAUCUAGAAAACGCUGUAAAACACAUACAAAUAGCUAAAAAUGCAGGAGCCAAACUAAUAACUUUACCAGAAUGUUUUAAUUCCCCUUAUGGUACGAAUUUUUUCGAGCAAUACGCUGAGACCAUACCGAAAGGCCCCACAUGCGAAAUGCUAUCAAAGGCAGCUAAAGAACAUUCAAUUUACCUAGUCGGCGGAACUUUUCCUGAAGUAGAAAAUAAACGGUACUACAAUACUUGCACUGUGUGGAAUCCGGAUGGAAAUUUGAUAGCCAAAUUUAGGAAAAUGCAUUUGUUUGACAUUGAUAUACCUGGGAAGAUUACUUUUAAAGAGUCUGAUAUUUUAAGUGCUGGUAAUGAGCUUGUUACUUUUGUUAUGGAAGGUAUUAAGAUCGGUUUGGGGAUUUGCUAUGAUUUGAGGUUUGAGGAAUUGGCCAAGCUGUAUAGAUUAGACGGGUGUAAUAUGUUAAUAUAUCCAGCCGCCUUUAACACGACUACCGGUCCAAUGCACUUCGAGCUCCUGCAAAGAGCUAGGGCAGCGGACAAUCAGGUGUACGUUUGCGCUGUGUCACCAGCCCGCAGCGAAAAGGGGUACAAAGCUUACGGAUUUUCACAAGUUACCAGCCCCUGGGGUAAAGUCAUCGCUCAGGCCAAAGAGAACGAGGAGAUCGUAUACGCUGACAUCGACAUGACCGAGUGCGAUGAGGUCAGACAGCAGAUUCCCAUUUUUAACCAAAGACGUUGCGACGUUUAUGAGAUAGUGAAUAAAAUAUGACGUACGGGGUUUAGGGUGGUUUGGUUUGAUUGCGUAAAAGUCGUUGCUUCUACUUAUUCUUCUUUUAUCUCUUAGAUAAUGUAAAAUAUUUUUAUUAUUUGAAUAUGUAUUUUUUUUU